CGACAACGUCCUUGCCACCACCACCCCCUCCGCCUCCCUUGAUCGUGAUCUCGAAUCCCGCACCCACAGGGGCGCUGGGGGCUGCUGCAUCUGAUACGACUACUUCUACUACUAGUAGUAGUAGUAGUACUAGUACUACGUCGUCGCAGCCACCGCCAUCCCUUGCCUCAACGUCUAAUGUCCUCGCCACUCAGUCGCUGCCGCCACCGGUGGCCACGCAGCCCACCUCCCUAUCAACUUCCCUGUCCACGGUCCCACCCGCGGUCACGCCCUCGGUCCUUCCCGCGCUCAUGUCCACGAUCGUGCCUACCAGGCUCUCCACGGCACUCGCUUCACAGUCUACGGCGUCCAUUGAUAGUAACACCUUGCCAAUGUCAAUAGCCGGACCCAGUCCCGCCACCGUGGAUCCUUCAUUGACGCCCGAGCCUCAGGCGAGUGGCCUUGGCUCGAAUGUCCCUGCGCCGGGAGAAUCUACCAAGGCUGCCACGGGCGUCAAAGCCGGCAUUGCCAUGGGCACGAUAGCGGGCCUUGCUGUGAUCGUAAGCCUUGGGUUUUGUAUGUACAAGUGGCGCAAGCGGCGUAGACCGGAGAGAGAUGCCAUUUCAGCUCCACCAGACGAUAAUUCCGGCACAGCAUCGCGCCCGUGGACCACUCUCACUGGGACGUCCUGGCUUGUUCGGCGAAAGCCAGAAGGCAAGUCGGAGUCCAAGAUCAUCGACGACAUGAUUAGAGCAGCGUAUGCCGCCGAGAAUGGAGGACCCGACUACAUGGGCGGUCCCAAUGGCUACUUGGACGAGAAGAACACCGUUGCCAAUGGGUACUUCGCUCCCAUGGGCCCGGGCGUACCCCACGGCGCAGGCACCCCCCGCAUCCCGGAACUCGCGUCGUUCGACCUACGGACCCCCACGGCGGCCCAGGCACCUCGCUACUCCUUCCUGGACCGGCCACCGACCGUCUUCCCGCCGGUCCCCCUCAACGUCGACGUCCCCCGCACCGGCCCCGGCCCCGACAGCAACGACCUCGUGUCCCCCGAGACGCCGAGCUCUACCAGGUCGUCGGGGGCGCUGGGCUGGUUCCGGCGGGGCGGGGACGCGGCGGCGCGGCGGGCGGAGCUGGAGUGGCGGCGGCAGCGCAACGUGGAGGCGGCGCACGCCAAGCUGAUCGGGCACCAGGAAGGCCGCGGCCUCGACCGGACGCUGCAGUCGCGGGUGCCGGCGGCCAUGACGAGGGCCGAGGCGGCGGCGUCGAUAGCUCCGACGGAGGCGACGACGAGCGCGGGCACCGAGAGCACGUGGAAGUCGUGGCGCGUGGAGAGGGAGGAGGGGGCGCCGCCCAAGGUGAAGAACUGGCUGGAGAAGUGUAUGGAGAAGGGGGGGCUGAAGUGAGGGACCGAAGGAGGAGGGCGGGUUUACUCGGGAAAAUUGAAACGCCGGUUGGGAUAUGGAAUGGAUGGGCGAUUGUAUGUUGAGUUGGCCCCUUAGUCUUUGAUGGACAGUGGGUGUUUAUUGUGUGCUCGUGUACUCGUGUAUUGCCAACAGGAUACGAGAGACAGUCUUUACGGAAAACGGCAAAUGUAACCUUGAACAUAGGCAAGAAUAUCUAGGAGAAGAGGGCUAGACGAAUAUCUACGUAAUGGAGUGACAGGGGGCCACAUCCAGCUCUGUUCAA